AUGGCGCCGCAUCCAAAGAAGAACGUAACGACUUGUGUGGUCGGCGGAGGAAGUUCCGCUCAUGUCUUGAUUCCCCUUCUGUCCGAGAUGGGACACACCGUCAACUUGUACACGCGUCGUCCAGACGAGUGGAAAGACGAUGUAUCAUGCGAAAUCACCAACGGAGUCACCGGUCAGGUCUCCACAACCUACCAUGGAACGAUUCAUCGUAAGUCCAACAACGCGGCAGAUGUCAUUCCGACAGCUGAUGUCAUCAUCCUUUGUCUCCCCGUCUACGUGUACCGUCCUGUCCUCGAUCAGAUUGCGCCUUUUGUCAGCCAAACCAAGAAGGAAGUAUUUGUGGGGACCAUCUUUGGACAAGCUGGAUUUGAUUGGAUGGUUUCUUCCAGUAUCAUACGUCAGGAGGAGGAGGAGGAGGAACCUCGAAGCAACAUUGUCACAUUUGCAAUUGGAAGCAUACCGUGGAUCUGUCGCACUCGCACCUACGGUGAACGAGGAAUCAAUUACGGCCCGAAGGAUGUCAACGUUGUCGCGGUGACUCCUCCCGGUCGGUUUGACAAACUCAAUGACAUCUUCUUGAAAGAUAUUUCUAGUCGCACGAUGGGAAAAGUCAAGUUUGAGCUGGCCGAUUCCUUCCUCGACUUGACGUUGUCCGUGGACAAUCAAAUCAUUCAUCCCGCGCGUUGCUACGGGCUCUGGAAAAAGUCGGGUGGCACCGGUGUGUGGGAUUCCUUGGCGGCUGUCCCAUUCUUCUACCGCGAUUUUGACCAAGAGUCUGCGGACAUCUUGCAAAGAUUGGAUGCUGAAUACGAACGAAUUCGCCAAGCGAUUCGCAGCAAGCUCCCGCAAAAGAAGUUCAAAUACAUGCUUGGCUACCUGGAGUUGGAGAAGCUCAACCACAAGAGCAGUCAUGUUGGCAUCUUGGCCAGCCUAAAGGAGAGUGUGCAGCUAGCCUCCAUCAAGACUCCCACGGUCGAGGGGCCCGACGGAAAACGGCAUUUGGACAUCAACUUCCGAUUCUUCAAGGACGACAUCCCCUAUGGGCUCUUGAUUGCCAAGGCUCUUGCCGAGAUGCUAGAGGUCAAGACUCCCUUUUUGGAUGAAGUGAUUGUCUGGGCACAAACCCUUCGUGGUGAGUGCUUUCUCAAUAAGGAGGGCAAGAUCAACUUGAAGUAUUGCAUGAGCCAGGAGUAUCUUUGUGGGAUACCCCAGGUUUACGGACUGCACACUAUUGAAGCAUUGGACAACUGA